AUGGUUGUAGAAAUUGUUUAUUUCAAAGCUCACGAAGAGGAAUUAUUGAAAUUAAUUGCACAAGUUGGUAAAAUUGAAUACCAAUUAACUGGACUCGAAGGAGAAUCGUGGAAAAAUCAUAAACCAUUUACAAGAUAUGGUCAACUUCCCUACUUGAAAGUUUCCGAUGAUUUUCAUGUUUAUCAAACAUUGGCAAUUGCCAGAUAUCUUGCUCAGGAAGGUAAUUUAUAUCCUCUCAAUGAAAGAAGGGAUGCAAUUCUCACUGAAGAAGUAGUUGCUUCCUUAAAUGAAGUUUUGCUUGAAUUCUUUAGAGUUUUCUAUGAAAUUAGUAAUGAAAAAGAGAGAGAAGAAGAAUUGAAGAAAUUUAAGGAAGGAACUUUGCAAAGAGUAUUUAGUGGAUUGAAUAAUUUAUUGAAUGGAACUAAGUGUGGAUAUUUCAUUGAAGGAAUGUUGACGUGGGCUGAUCUUUUUCUUUUGGAAAUUGUAUUAAAUUUGGAAAGUGUUGGAAUUGAUUAUUCAUUUGCUAAUGGAAUUCAAAGAUUGAAACAAAUUUUAAUGGAAAAUGAGCAAGUUAAGAUUCAUUUGGAAACGAGAAGAAAAUAA